CCACCAUGUCUCCGCCUACCUCCCCUCUUCCUCGGUCGCUCAAUCGUCAAGCGGUCCUUGACGAGGACGAAUACACUGCUGCAUUGUCUCACAUCAUAGCUCGUGACUUCUUCCCUUCCCUUGUACACCUUGACGCGACCAAUGACUACUUGGAUGCUCUGCGCUCCGAGGACCCGCAACUUAUUCAUGCAAGCGUCCGCCGCCUCGAACAACUUUCUACUCCCGCGACACGAAGCGGGCGGACCUGGCAAACUCCGUCGCAGACGCCGUAUGGUCUCGGUCCGUCCGAGACACCUCUGCGCACCCCUCGGAGUGAAGCACCUGCCAAACGAGCUCGGUAUGAUACAGAUAUGAACCUAGAUGCCUUCCAGGCUAGGUACACCUCCGAAGACAACUCAAGCUUUACGGAGAUAUUAGACGACGAGAAUCGGAAGAGGAGAGAGAAGUGGAGCUGGGCAUGGGAGGCACAGAAGAAGGUCGAAGCGCAGAAGGAGAGGCUUCUUGAGGACAGGAAGAGGAGUCUCAUUGAGGCCGCUCCGGGGCCAGGAGUUAGGGAGAAGUUUCUCAUCGAGAACCCAACGCCGGCAGGAUUAAUCACCGAUGGACGCACGCCCGACGAAGAGAAUAAGAAGUCGGAUCCCUCUGACUCAAGUAAAGGGAAGGAGGUGGCUCUGCACGACCAGGGGCACGAUGAGACUGACGUUAUGGCACCGAAGAAGGACAAGCGUCCUGCUGGAGUGGAUGGCUGGCAUUUCAAGGCGAGGAACGCGCUAAUGUUUCCUCCAGACGCCGAUGUCACUCCUUACGAUGCAGCGGGCUCGUCAUCCAAACAGGAUAGUGAACCCGUGGUACCUAAGGUCAUCAAGUACAACAGUACUCGACUCCCUGAACAGGAGGCAAGCCACCGGGAAAGCCAGUCUGAACCUCCAAGCCCGACGCGCAGUAGGAUUGACGCGGCCAUAGCUGGCACACCCUAUCGUCCGAAGUCUCCUACUAUCAACAACUUCUCCCUCGUCCCUGCAGUUCCAUCUCCCACACCAUCACAGCUUGGACCCGCAGCUGUUAAGCAGCUUAUGACGUGGGGUACUAUAACAGCCACGCCGAGAGUACUGGACCCUGAGGACGACGCUGCCACUAUGCCACCACCGAAAACACCAUUUCAUAUCCCUGCCCCCACCAGUCGUGAAGCACUCUCUCAUAAACUUUCCGCGAAUGCUGCAAAGAGUCUGAAGGCUAAAGCAGGCUUGCUUAGCGGCUCGGGAUCACGCGCGUCCGCUGUGACCCGGACCCCCGGCCCAAUUACACCUGGGAUCAGAGGAAGGAAGGGCUCUAUGCCUCCACCGUCUUGGACACCUCGGAAGAUCGACGCAACGGAUAACCUCACACCAGCAGCUCGACGGCUGCUGGACAAGACUACCAUGGGUACCGCUGCUGUGAGAAGAGCAGAAGCUAUGGGUCGGACAGCGGGGUGGGAGGGGAAUGGGAAGCGGGAGACUGAUCUAAAUAGAGUGCGAUGGACACCUACGCCUAGUCCAGUGACUAGGAGAUGA